UGGGAACACACAUUUGCCAACAGUGUUGGGGCAAAACGUCUGUUGUCCGGUGCCGGGAUUGCCGACCACAUCCCUUCUUCUGUGCUGACUGUGAUGUCAGCAUGCACACCAGACACCCCCUCCACAACAGAGAUGCUACUACUGCAGGUUACUUCCAGCCAUUGGCCCCAACAACACAUGUACUAAAUAUGGCCCUUUGCUCCUGUGUGCGGUUUGUACCUGUGGAGAUCCCGGACAAAAUCUGUGGUUGUGCAUCAGAGUCAUUGAGCCUCAAGCCAGGAAAGACUGUGACUGUGAUCACAAUGAAUGGACGACAUGAGCUAAGCAUGCCAGAGUUGGCUUGUGAAGCAUGCGCUGCGACAUGGACGACUGGGGUUGACGACCUUCUUCGGAGUGACUACUGGCCAGCUACCCUUCACUUCGCCACCAUUUAUGCCACAGAUGUUUUCUUCUCAUUUGAGGAAAUGAAAAUGGCUGCACCUGGACUAUCCUUUCAGGCAUAUUUAAGGAUGCUCGAUCAGCGAACGUUGCGCUUCGGCCGUACUGGGAAGAUCUCAACUGACAGCUUCAUCAAAAGUUUCUUUGAGUGGGAGGCUGUGCGUUAUGAGGUGGACAUCAUGUGCAAGGAGGAGCCCUUCACCUGUCCUGCGUGUAGCCCUGAUAUGCUUGCAGUUUCCGUGGAUGGAAACCGCAAGCAUUACCGUUUCAAGAAUGCAGCUAGAUCUGAGGAACAGGCCAUCUUUGACGGUGUCUUUAUAGCCAGGGAUGAAGACGUCUCAAGAUUUGUGGACUAUAUACACACCACAACCAAACAUGUCUCCGGAAGAGGUGUUUGUGGAGGACAGUGGUCGGCAGCCAGAGAGACCUCCCAAAAAUCAGCCGGCAAGCUGGAUGAGGAGGGACUAGAGCUUGCCGUCUGUCGACAUGGAGUGCUCCUCUGUGCUCUCAAUAUGUACAGGGGAGAAAUCUUUGCUUAUCCCCUGUACCUACAGAAAAAGCUGGCCAGUAGUAUGUUCUUUUGCAUGGAUGUGACCUGCAAAUAUUGGCCCUACCUCCAGAGAAUCACAAAAAGCUGUCCAGAGCUCCAGCAUCUUCUCGACAUGAAGCCCUUUCUCUCAGUGUUUCAUGCCAAAGCGCAUGACUUCAAAUGUGAAGUGAAAUGGAGUGGGGCAUAUCAAGAGGGGGCUGGACUAACCCUAGGGGAGGAGGUGGAACAGGUCAAUGCCUUCCUCUCUCGGAUAGCAGUGACCACAAAACACAUGUCAAAAGCAGGACGUACAGACAUGCUGACGCUGAUGGCCAUGCGCUGGAAUCAGCAAAAAGUCAGCAACUUGGCCACCUCACUGUCCCGCAGAUAUCUGAAGACCACAAAAGCUCUGGAAAAGCAAUUGCAGAACCUGGAGUCCAUGAAGGCUGAGUUGGCAGUGACUGAAAAGCAGCUGGAAGACUGGGUCAGAGAUGUGAAUGAGUGGGCAGAAAAAUUAGUGAUAACCCUCUAUUGA